GAACAUUUACUUAAAUCUGACAGUAUGAUAUAUGUCACUUUGCAUUAAUGAAAAAAUUAUAAGUGUUAUAAUAAAAUAAGAUGGAAACAUUAACUAGAAUCUCCACAACAUUCGAAAACGUAAGAACCAAUAUAAAGUGUAAGAACUCGUCUGAGCGUCUCCAAAAUUUGAAAAAGGACAUCCAAGCCCUUACCAAUGAUUUGGUAGUCUUAGGUAAGGAGAAUCAUGACCAAUAUAUAAGAUCUUUGGCUAUGGAAGGCUACCUUGCACUCCUGUCUGUUAAAACAAUGCCUUUAUCACUCAUCGAGAAAAAAAACAUGCUACAAACGUCUUUCGAAAAAUUGAAACAGUUCGCGUUAAGAAAGGAAUGUCUUUUCAUAAUGCUGAGAAUACAGAAUCUUCUAUGCUACUACUUGAUUCAGCUAGACAAGAACAACAACGCUCGCGAGAUCCUCGAGAGUAUGGAAGAUCUGUACGACCAGAUCAGCAAAUCUCAACCCGACGACUUUCUUGAUGCUGAAGACCUAUUUACAGUGGAGAUAGUGAGAAACAUCAAACGUGUGAAUCCAGAGAAAAUUGACAAAGUCAUCACUAAUAACGUCCAAAUGCAAGCAUUUCUGUACAAUAAAAUGAACCUCCCUCAAAAAUACACCCUGUAUAACCACACGGCUCUUCGUAGGCAAUUAGAAAUGAAGGAUGGCACUCCACAAGACUGGGCCUUACGGACGGCGCGGCUGGGCAAUUAUUUCACCUACCUUAACCAAAUUGGCAAUGCCCGCCAUCACCUGUGUGCCGCCUACCACGUAUUAAGGACAUGUCACGAUAACUGUAAACUUAUGCCUGAAGAAUUCGUAUUACAAAAAACAGAUUUUGAAAUCCACUUCCUGGAAUUGAGCCAUCACUGGGUCAAAUACGGACUGACGCUCUUCAAAAUGUCUAAAAAGAAAAUUUUGAACAAAUACUUUGCUCAAACUUCAACGGGUGCAGUCUCAGAUCUAUGGAAGACUGUGGACUUGAUGGAAGAUGCGCCGGAUAACUCAGAGAAGAUCGACGAGGAGUUUGCUAAAGAUCUGGGUGCUGAAAAGUCUGGAAAGGGAGAUUGUACACCUGAGAAACUGUUCACUUUCCCAUCAUUGGAUUUGAAAGAGAUAGAAGCCAAAGUUCCACUGGAGAGUGUUUGCAGCGUUGAGGAUGCAAAAAAGUUAUUCGCUUUUAUUUAUAAGUGGUUAAUGAGGGCUAAGCAUUUCUAUGACUUUGAACAUAAUUCAGCUCAGUACAUAUCGUGCUGCUUGCAGCUGGCAGAACUGUACGAGCACUUGGCUUUCUUCGAGCGUAACAUCGAUAACCAGUACAGUAUUCAGAAGAGACGUGCCAACGUGCUGGAAACGCUGAACUCCUUGUUGAAAAAUUGUGACAAUGUUAUGUCGGUCCAGAUUGACGUGAUCAGGGAGCUGUCCCAGGUACAACUGGAGCUGAUGGCGCUCAAUUUGCAGAAGUUAUGGCGCGAAGAGUCUCAUACGAAUAUAUUUAAUAUGGAAAAUGAUGCAGAUUCUAUUAUUAACUCUCUAGAUUCCGAAUCCAACAAGACUCUGACGGAGAAAGCUCUAAACACGUCGAGUAAGAACAUGUUUUUGAGGAAAAUGGAAGCUGCAACUUCCAUUAACGGGAAGCUAUAUCGGCUGAGCGGGCAGCUGCUAGCACGCUCUCCGUCGCAGUUAAGCUUUAGUACAGGAAUACUAAAAAACUAACUUAAUAUGUUAAAACAUAAUAUAAUCUAUGUGAAAAAAAAUACAAACGUUAGAAUAAAGGUACGCGUCCGCAGGCCCGCAUCGGAAGUAUCACACGCACCGCACGCAACGGAUUUUAGUUUGCCUUAAUCUUUAUAUCUUUAUAAUUAUAUAUAAUUCUUCUGUAAGUGUGUAUGUCACUGAACUUCUCUUAAAAGACUGGACCGAUUUUGAUGUAAUUUUUUGUGUGUAUUCAAGGGGAUCUGAGAAUGGUUUAGAUUCACAAUUUUGUGCGCUGGACAAUGUUUUUUAAAUUAAUAUUUAACUUAUUAGUAGUUGUUGAUUUUGGAAUGUUUUACAUUGGAUCCGACAAAUUUUCAAAUUAAAGACGUGUAUACAGGACAACGUCUGUCGGGUCCGCUAGUAAGUACAUAAACUCCAACAACUGCAACUGCAUCCGAUGCGGGCCUGUGGACGCUUACCUGAAAGGAUUUGUCGGGAAAUGAAUAUGCGACUUUUACAGUUAACUUUGAAAUUAUUAAUUAUAAAAUAAUAAUUAUACGUAUUUAUAAUACAAUUAAAAAUGAAACACAAUUUACUUUGUACUUUGGUCAUUAUUUUUAUCUAACAUAAUAAAUAAAUAAAUUCAA